UAGAAUAAAAAAAUUUCAAUCAAUUCAAAUCACUUUUGAUGGUAUUCUCACCAUAGUGUUGUCAUUUCCUUUUCCUGGUGAAUGAAGAUUUCCUUGUUUCAAGAACCAAUCACACUUCUAGACUUUAAUUCCUUUUUUUUGGAAACGACAAUUUCUUCUUUGAUUUUUUUUAUAAGCAUGAAAACCAAACUUUUUGACACACUCACAAAACUCAACCUCACCCCUUGUCGCACAUAUUGCACAGUCAUCGGAGCCAUCGGGAAAAACCUCCUAGCAUCGCCGGACAUCGAAACUCGCCGGAGAACACGUAUCGUUGCCGGAGCUCAAACCGGGAAAACCCGCCGACGCUGUUGCAACAUUAACAGUGAGUUCGUCGGAGGUUUUGUAGUAACAACAUCCCACAACCACGGCCACCACCUUUCACACAUACCCAUCGUACACCCGUACCGUACCGUCGAAGACGUGGAAGCCUUGCCGGAGAGAACCGACGCCACCAAAGGUUUCAACAACUCACCGGAGAUAUACGGUCACCGCCGGUUAAACGGAGUCAUACGGAGAUCGCCGGAGAACCUUGCGAGACCGCAUCCGCUCUGUUUCGGUUGAUGAGGACGAUGCUAAGAAAAGAAGUAGCGUUGAUGCCUAGAUACACAUAUAGACGUUAGGGUUUAAUAUGUUGUAUCAAAUUUUGUUAUGUUAUCAUGUUGUUAUGUUAAACUUGUUGUAUUUGAAUUUCUUGUAAUGUUGACUAUUUGAAGUUAUGAAAUGAAAUGAAAUUUGGAAUUUCUAAAUA